AUGAAAACUAGCUUAAGCUUACCAUCCUUUUUCUUCACUACACCUCUUGCGAAAAGAAUGCAAAUGACCAAAAACCCUACUCCGGCUGCCCCUCCAAAUAUUAUAGCCAUCGUCUUUCCUAGGCAGAUUUCUUGGGCGACCCAUUCGGACCAUACCCGUACCCGACAAAGCACUUGUCCAGUCAGCACAGUCGGCGGGCCCCACGUCGCCCUCGCACUGCCCCAUCACGUACACGGACUCGGCGCUCGCCGAGUAGAACCCAUCCCGCACGCCGUUGCAGCUCAUCCCGCUCUCCAGCGCGCUCAGGGCCGUGUCCCUCCUCUCCUCGAACCCUUGCCCACCGGCGCUCUUCUCGCUGCAGUCCUUGUACAACAUCUCCAUUCCGGACAUCCUCGAGUACCCCGACACCUCGUACGACAUGUAGCAGCCGGCGAGGUGCAGCCGGGCGGCGACGGGCCGGCCGCUGCAGAGCCGGUCGAUGAGGAUCGGGAUCUUGCUCACGCAGCUGUAGCAGUCCACGUUGGAGAGGUCGCCCCGGCACUGGAAGAGGCCGUCGAUGGAGUCCCGGCCGGCGGCGGCGGCGGUGGUCCGGAAGAACUUGUUUCUGGAGGAUUGGGCGACGAGGGUGCCGAACACGGUGGAAAUUGCCUGGGAGGAAGCGCCGGAGGGGUCCGAGAAGGACUGACGACGGUGGUGGAGUCGGAUUCAGGUCGGGAAUAUGGGGCAAAUUGGAGGAGAAUAGCUAGAAGGGGGAAGAGAAGAGGGAGGGGUUUUGGGGGGUUUCCCAUUUGGUGA